UCAAAUUGUUAUAUUGCUCUAAUCUAAAUUUUAAAGACUUCUAUGUAUAAUUACUCACUUAAUAAAUGAGUUCCGAAACGAUUGAAAACUUUUUUGGAGUAUAUUUGCUUUAUUGUUUAAAUCCCCGGUAUAAAGGAAGAACCUAUAUAGGAUACACAGUUGACCCGAAUCGCAGAUUAAAGCAGCAUAAUAAAGGAAAACAAUUUGGAGGAGCCUGGAAAACUAGUAAUAGAGGACCAUGGUCAAUGGUUAUGAUUAUACAUGGAUUUCCAAAUGACAUAUCCGCUCUUAGAUUUGAAUGGGCAUGGCAGCAUCCUCAUACAUCCAGGAGACUGAAACAUGUAGGUAAGAAGAAAAGGAAUGAAAAAACUUUUAACUUUUGCCUACGAGUUCUUUCCGAGAUGUUGAAAAUUGGACCAUGGUGCAGAUUACCACUUACAAUAAGAUGGUUAAAUUCUACAUUUGCCACUGACUUUGCUGUACCACCACUUCAUAUGCCGAUUUGUCAUGGAUCAGUAAUCAGUAAGAAGAUUGAAAAAAGUUCAUCCACCCAAAGUAGCUCCAAUUUAAGUUAUAAAAUCUGUGAUAUUUGUUCUUUGGCCAUAACAGGACAAAUUUUGAAAUGCGUUAACUACACUUGUGAUCUCAAUAGCCACGUAACUUGCUUAUCUAAUAAGUUUUUGAAAUUGGGUGAAUAUGUCCCAGUUGAAGGAGAGUGUCCAAAAUGCGAGAAGGUAUUUUUGUGGGGCGAUUUAGUGAGAAAAUUUAAGGGAUGUUAUAAUAAUAUGGAUCUGGAAGUUACGGUAGAAGAUGCUGCCGAAUUUUAUAUGUCUGAUUCAGACUGAUUUUUUUUUAUUGUCCUUAAGUUUACAUUGUAUAUUUUUUACGCGGAAUGUGUCAUGGAUGUGAUUAAGAAUUAUUUGACUGUUUUGAACAUUUUUGAACUUAUUUAUCUUAUUUGUAGCAUUAUGUAGGUACUUAAAAUAUUACUAUUGAUGACAUUUUGGUAUAAAAAU